AUGAACCGAGUGCUGCAGCAAAGACUAACUAAAGAUCAGAGCCACGAUUGGACUCAUGAGACGUUCAGAAAGACAAAGACCAAACUGCAGAAAACGAAAAAAAAGGGCUGUGUGGCAUCCAUGCACCUUAAGAUCAUUGAGACAUUUCCAGAUUUCAAGGUUGAGGAAGCGGAAGGAACCUCAAAGCACCAACUUAAACGCUUGAAGACUGCUCAACUGGCGAGGCUCACUGAAGCACUUUCUUCGGGACAAGCACUGGAAACACACAAAAUGAUAUUCUUGACAAUGUCUAGAAAAUCGUGCCACACAGAACAUGACUUUUCUGUGUUCACCAAUUUUGGACUGACCGUGGACGCAAGUGUCAGUCGGCGAAUCAGGGACUUGGUCCGUGAAGGCAUCACCUCAGUGCCAGAGGUGAGAGAAUGUCUCCGACACUAUGUGGAGGAUGUCCUCUUUGCGGGGAAACAACCCCCUGACCCUAGCUGCCGAGCAUUCUACCCUACGAAUGCUAACAUUGGCAAUCACAUACAAAUGGCGCUAAGGCAAGAAAGGUGCAGCGACCUCGAUCAGGAGGUCGCUGCCCCUUUCUUCGACUGCAGGUCAGGAAUGCCACUAGCGAUAGACACAGUUGAUGGGCUGUCACAAAGAGGGUCAAACAUCCAGUCGCCAGAAUCGGAGGCUGAAACACACCAACUUGGCUCCGGCAGCCUUCCAACCAGGAAAACAAACCACUUGUCAAAACUCCGAGGGUCUCUACUGAACAAUUUGGAAAAAGUAAAAGGGAUGGCAGUGUAUUGCACCAACAAAAAGAAGGUAGAGAAGGCUCAUCUGUAUCUAACUGAAGCGCAGAAACUUUUAUUGGAAGGAGCACCUACAUCAGGUGACAUUGUUGUGCGGGGUUUGCCAACUGAGGGCUGUUCAGGAGAAAGAAAAAGAAAAUGGGUCAGGUCUUUGACAUCAUUUGGCACUUCUGCUCUAAAAAAACCCAAGCUCACCGCCCUGGAACAUUGCUAUAGUCAGAGGGCAGAGGAGGCUAUAAGGGACAAGGAAUUUGAGAAGGGUUAAACAUAGCCCCUGCAGUGUAAACAAGUAUUUCCAUGCAUUUUCAGGCAUGUCCCUUUUUUAUAAUUUUUUAUAACUUAUAAGGCAUUUGACAGCAUUUUAUUUCAUAGUCCUUAGUGUAAGUUGAAAUGAGUGCUACGAUCAAUGAUGCAUGCUUUGUUGGGCUUGUGUGUUAGAAAUAUCAUUGUCUAAACACUAGCAGAUUUUUUUUUUUUUUAUUAGAGCCAUAUGGUAUGUUUCAUUUCUCACAAGGGAUUUUGACUGUGAUUUUACUAUUUAUUGUUGGCUUCAAUAAAAGCCUUGCUAUCA